AUGGACGAACUUGCUCUUGUGAAGGACAUCGACGUCGACCUCGAGAUGAGCACGAAACAUUUCUCGUUGCCCAGCAUCCAUGAGAUGCUUCCGGGCUACGUUUCUCCUGAGCCUGACCACCUCCACAAAGCUCGACGCCACUCGACAGCUGAAGCGCUACCGGGACCUCUUCACGUCCCCUCAUACGCUCGACCACCUCCGUUUCGUCCGGCCUCGUUGGUAUCUGUAAACCCUCCGUCUACUCGAGCGGUCCGUCACGGCUCGGAACCUGCGCCAGCUCCCCCCGCCCGCACCGAUUGCAGGCCAUCACCUCCAGCCUACGCAUCCAGGGAGCCGGCAACGCGUCGCGCUCCCCUCCCUCCACGCUGCAUCUCGCCUCACCCUCGGUCUCCUGCCCCGUCAGCACAGUUCGCGCCGUAUACGCCACCUCAUCCUCCGCGCCCUGUGCGUACGGGAAUAUACCAUACGCGCCCCGUUCCAGGCCCGCAGGCGCAGCCUCCGUUCGUCGUCGUGCGCGGCGUGCCCUGCGCCCGCUUCUUCUCUACCUCGUCACCCGAAAUGCGCGAGGAAGACGAGGCGCGCAUGAGGGACCGAAAGCGCACGCGGACCAAUGGACCCGAGCAUCCCCCACCAGCAACUGGUCGCGCGCAAGCGUCUCCUUACCCUGGUGCAUACCGAACCGAGGGCAAGCCCGUGAAGAUCGAGCAACACGUCAUACGCAGUCCCGAGUACGGCUCUCAGCGAUACGGACUACGACAGGAAGACGGAGAGCGCGCUCGCUACGACUUUUCCCCCGCUGCAAGAGUGAUCUCUAUACCGAACGCGCUGGACGACGCGAUUGCGCUGCACCAGCAGAGGAUGCAAUACGGGAGCUUUGAUGCCGGAGAUAACGCUCAACGGAAGCACGUCUGCCACCUUUGCAACAAACGGUUCAGUAGACCCUCGAGCCUCCAGAUCCACAUCAACACGCAUACCGGUGAUAAACCCUUCGAAUGCCCGCACCCGACCUGCGGACGACAGUUCAGCGUGAACAGCAACAUGCGCCGGCACUAUCGCAACCACAUCACCGACACCGAUGGGCAUCCCGCUCCUCUCGACACGACCACACUGGACGAAGAGAGACAGAGCACCGUCGAAGAGCCCGUCUACGUCCACUUCACCCCGUCCUCGAUGCGUCCGUGUAUAGAGUCCGAUUUUCGCGCGAUGUCUCCUACACCUUCGCCCGCGUCGCCUUCCCGGUCUUCGUCCGAGCCGGAAGUCUCCAUGAUCGGGUCGGACGACGAGCUCGAUGACCAGCCGUCCUCAGGCUCGGAGUCAGUCGGAGUCGCCUGA